CUAUGGCUAUGACCACCAUUCCGGCACCAAGCGGGCGCCACGUGACGCGCCCGGCGAUGGCUGCUUGGCGGGGAGCGGGGCGCUGAGCGGCGGCGGCGGCGGCGGCAGCAGCAACCCGCGGCACCUGGGCGCGCUUCCCCGCGCCGCCACCUCGGGCGCGCCAAAGGCCGCCUCGUCCUCCGCUCGCUCGCUCCUCCGCCUUCGCCAGCGCAGCCCGGGCCAAGCUUCCGAUGGACGGAGUUUCCUCGCCAGCCUCGGAUGCUCCGCUAUGUUUCUGAUUCGCAGCUCAGCUGAACUCCCACAUCCGGCUGGUCCUCGCGCUCAGCCUCUCCCAUGGGCUCGCCAGUAUCGUUUGUUUUAUCCAGGAUGGCCGCUUGCGGAGGCACCACCAAGAAUAGGCUCACGGUAAAUAAACACGUCUGGGACUUCUUGACCAAGGAAAGCCCAGCCAAGCUGGUGAAGCUGAAGGAGGAGAACAAGGUCGGCAUCUUGAUCGAUGGCGAGACCUCCGAGAUCUACGUGCUGCAGAUCACCCUGCCGGCCCACGGGCCAAGCAACGGCCUCUACCUGGCCCGCAAGGCCCUCAAGGCGCUGCUCAAGGAGACAGAGAAGGAGCUGAAGAAGGCCCAGCGCCAGAGCGAGCUGAUGGGCUGCAUGGCCUUAAUGGAGAAGAGCCGAGAGCAUGGCGCCGUGGAGCUUCACCGCCGAGGGGCUGCGUUGAUAUCCAGAGGGCAGCAGACCUCCGGGUCCAGAGUGGUCAGCGGCAGCGGAGGUGUGGCCAGCUGCUCGCGGGGAGGGGAGGAGGAACAGGACAGCCAGUGCCCCAUCUGUUUGGGGGAGAUCCAGAACAUUAAGACUCUGGAGAAGUGCAAGCACUCCUUCUGCGAGGACUGCAUCACUCGGGCCUUGCAAGUCAAGAAGGCCUGCCCUAUGUGUGGGCGUUUCUAUGGGCAACUGGUGGGCAACCAGCCGGAGAACGGGCGCAUGCUGGUCUCCAAGGACUCAAGCCUGCUCCUCCCUGGCUAUGAGAAAUAUGGCACCAUCAUCAUCCAGUAUGUCUUCCCACCUGGCAUACAAGGAGUGGAGCACCCCAACCCUGGCGUCCGCUACCCAGGCACCACUCGUGUGGCCUACCUGCCUGACUGCCCCGAAGGCAACAAGGUGCUGGCGCUGUUCCGCAAGGCCUUUGACCAACGCCUCACUUUCACCAUCGGCACCUCCAUGACCACAGGCCGAGCCAACGUCAUCACCUGGAACGACAUCCAUCACAAAACCAACUGCACCGGUGGACCGCAGCUGUUUGGCUACCCUGAUCCUACAUACCUUGCUCGGGUGCAAGAGGAACUGCGGGCCAAGGGCAUCACCAAUGACUGAUCUUGCUCCCGGCCACUGUGUCUCCAGGAAUGGUGUGUUGUUUCUGCCUGGUCCAGCAAUUGUGGAGAAAGCGUCCUCAUCUCUCGGAGCAAACCGUCUCACAGUGUGAUCUUGACCCAGGAUGCAAAGUGCUGGGCAUUCUGAGAUGACAUUUUGAAUUGAAUUUCUUGCUGGAAGGAGUUGGGAACAGAGGCAAGGGGAAGAAGGCUGUGUUAGAGACAGGCAUUUGAAUUGGCUGGAUUAGAAAGUUCAAGUCAAUCUGCACAUUACACAGAAUGAGUGAGUUGGUAGAGUCCUGGACUGUACCACUUCAAAAUGCUUGCAGGGAGGGGUUUUGUUUUUAUUUGAUGACAAUAUGUUGUGUGGGUUUAAAUAACAUUAAUAAUAACAAACUCCAUAUCCAGGCAUGUAAUAAACAAGCAUGUCAGGAAGAGAGCUACAGCAAAAUCUUUCCCCCUGAUGUGCUAGACUGCUGCAUUUAUUUGUUUAGAAGAAUUUAUACUGCUUAAUCAAAACUCUCCUAAGUGGUGUACACAAACAGUGUGAAAUAAUUAUCAGUGAUAUACAGAUAAAAUUAGCAUAAAUUUAAAAACAAAUACAACUAAAUUAUAUGUUGGGAUAGGCUUGCUGCUUUUAAAAGGUGUUUAAAACAGUGUAAUGACGGUGCUUGCCUAACAUCAAUACAAGCAGGUUUGUUGGUUGUCUUACAUGGGAGAGCAUUCACAAAUAAGAUCCCCACUGGCACCUGCAACCUGUAGUAACACAGUCCAGAAUUCUACCACUGCAUCUUGCAUCAUAGUAAUUUCAUUCCUUGGACCAAAAUAGAUGUGACGAAGGGCCCAUAAUGUUUUAGGUUUGCUCCUGUGUUUGGACCAUUCACAUUUCAAGAGGGGGUUUGUUUGUUUGUUUGUUUGUUUACUUACAUCAAAGAGAGCAUGCUGAUGAGAAGAGCCAAGCCUUUCCUGCCUCAUGCUUCAGGCAUUUUUUACUUCAGCCAGGGUUGAUUCUGGUAAUAACAGCCAGGCUGGAAGAAGAACUUCAGGGAGCUUAGCCACAGAUCACAGUAGGGUUCUGCCAUAGGUGGGGUGGAGGGGCAACUGCCCCCCAUCAAGUAAAUAAAUAAAAAUACUUAACUAGCUGACCAAUUGCGCCACAGGUAGCUCAGUUCUGCCCUCCCCCCCCCAACAUAAAUCCUGGCUACAUGCAUAGGUUCUGCUCUGCAUACCAUCUGUGUGUCCCUGUUGAUGUUAAAAUUAGACCUCUGCAGCCCUCUUUCUAUUAUGUUGGCCUUUAGUAGGUUUAGGAGGAAAACUCCUGGUGUGAGGAAGGCACACCUAUGAAAAUUAGAGUGAGCUGAGAGCAGUAUAGCCAGAGAAAGCAAGGAAAGGAGCACAGUGUGUAUAUCUUUUUGAGAAAAAUCAGUGGCUUACCCAGAGUGUCCAUGGCAGAUGUUGGAUUUUAAAUCCAGAUCUCCCACCUGUGAGGACAUUGUUAUAUCCACUAGAUCACACUGGAUCUCAUGUUCCUGCUAUGGGCAAGGGGUAGGGUUCUGUUCUUCCCAUGAGGAUGCCAAAAUAAGGCCAAAAUCCUCUCUGCACCUUCAUUCCACUCCCUCUGUGCCCUCUAGCUCGCUCGCAGAAUUUUUAACACUUUUGGGACUGCCAAUUAGAAUAAAAUUAAACAAAAUGCACUUGUAGAAUUUGUAUCAUUUGGGCACAGAAUGUAUAGUCCCUGGGGUUUGGCUUGGAGUGAGUGGGAAGCAGAAUUAGCAUGGAUUUGUUUUGGGUAACUGAUCAAAGCUGGAGAAAGAGGCCUAUGUGCUGGGACCUUUCGUACACAGCCUCUUGUUCCUUUCAAACCCCUCGCUAGUCAGUGAGCGGCUCUGGCAUCUUGGCACCCCACCCACCCAUCUUCCUUGUGCUGCUAUCUCCAGGAUCGGCAUCAACCCCAACUUGGUGGAACUUUCUGGAAACAUUGGGACUGUCCUUUCAUGUCGACGUAGAAAGCAGCGGCUCCUCGACUCUGGGCACAGGCGACAUGCCCACCGGCCCUGUGGAGAGGAUGGGUGGCAACGUUCGUGGACCAUGCCUUGUGUGUAUAUAUAUACAUAUAUACCUUCUGUGCUGGCAUAUCAGCUGUUGUGUAAUUAAUCCAACCAAGUCCUCAUUGGGACAAAUCGUGUCGUUUGGGACUUGGCCAGGCCUGCUUACCCUCGUUGGCCGGCCUGUAUGCUCUGGACUUUGGCGCCUACCUGUUGUUGAGUGUUUGCGGGAGGGUGGGGGACAUCUCUUGGCUAAAGGUGAGCCUGUCGCCUCUGGCAGAGACAAAUUCCAAGACUGUCUCCUACGGGUGAGAGCUCCCCUCAGAUGCGCAGUUUGGACGGUGGGGCUUUCUUUGCUGUUUUAAAGAGUUACCUGAAAAUA